AUGUAUUUCUAUUCGAUCGCGAUCAUCCUUGCCUACAGCUUCAUUAAGCUAUCGAUUGGAUUCUUCCUGCUACGACUGGUAGAUUACACCAGGUGGAGGCCGUUCCUGAUUGGCAUGCAAACCUGCGACCACCAUACGGGCUACAACCAAAACAUCUUCAGAAACAUCGGCGUCUUCAACUCCUCCAUCAACAUCGCAACCGACCUAAUAUUCGCCUUACUCCCCAUCCCCAUGGUCUGGCGCCUACAACUUAACCUGCGCACGCGCAUCGGUCUUGCCAUCGUCCUGUCGCUGGGCCUGUUCGCCUCCGCCGUUGCCAUCUACAAAACACCCAUGCAAUACAACUUUUUCAAGCAGCCCGAUUUCUCGGGCAAUGGUGGAAAUGCACGUUGGGAUUCAGGCGGCGUGCUUGCCGACGCUUAA